AUUGUGCGAUGUUGUUGUGAGUGUAAAACGUUGCCGUUAAAAGCCGUGGGAUCAGCUGAUAAAGCCAGAGUGUUCCUCUCUAGUGACGAUGAGGACGCUCGUGUGGGUCGUGUGUUUGUUGUGUAUGAGUGGGGUUCAGGGCGGUGCGGUGAAGGAUGACGAGGACUUUAUGCUUCUUGCAGGACCUCUGAUGGAGCAGGAGGACGGAGGCUCUGCUUGCCAUGGAAAUGAUGUCUUUGACUACAGCUCCCCCAUGCCGCCUGGUUCUGAACAGUACUUUGAGUACCUCCAGAGCAAAGGCGUGACCCACUUCAAGGUGCCACUAUCAUGGGCUCAACUUCUCCCCACAAGGGUCCCCAGCAAGCCCCACCAGGCUGCGGUUAGCUGCUACCGGACUCUAAUGAAGCGACUGCUGGAGGUGGGCCUCCAGCCUCUCGUCAUCCUUCAUGGAUCUUCAGUUCCAGAAUCUCUGAGGUCCAAAUAUGGAGGCUGGGAGAGCCAGAAGCUGGUGGAGGUGUUUCAGCAGUACGCUGAAUUUGUUUUCAGGGAGUUUGCACCGUCAGCACAAGCCUGGGUGACAUUUAGUGACCUGGAUGAGGUUUUGGCUGAUGGGCAGGACGGAGAUACGAGCACGCUUCUGCAGAAUAUCCUCCAGCUCAAUAAGAACAUUCAUCAGAUUUACCGUCUGCACUUUCCUGGAAAAGGGAGACUGUCGUUUGGGUUGAAAGCAAAAAAUGUGGAAAAACUGUUUGACUUUGAAGCUUCGACGCUUGUAGAUUUCUUGUCAGUGAGCAUUGAAUAUAACUGUGGUUCCUCAACAAACUUUCGACAGGAGUUGAAACGGUUACAGAUGUCCAGUGGGAACUUGCCCAUCCUCAUAUACAAGAUGAACGUUCACGACUGCACCGACAACCAAGAACAGCCUCUGGGAGAUUUACUGCAAAUUACUCAAAGCAGAGCCUUGAACAUCACUGGAUGUGACAUGAAGAACUUGCUGGGUCAUUUGGACAUGCACGAUGCUCCACUCAGACUUGAUCCACAUUUGACCAAAAUGACGAGGUUUAGGAGUAGCUAUGAGAACAUCUGGGAGAGGUUUGGGGCCCAGGUCAGAGCUGACCGAAACCUUUUCCUCAAUGACUCAUUCCCCUCCGGCUUUCAGUGGGCCACGUCUUCAGAAUCUUUCAAGGUUGAGGGUGGAUGGACAGAAGGUGGGAAGGGAGAAACUAUCUGGGAUCGUUUUGGUCAUAAAGGCCAAGCCUUUGCAAAUCAAACCGCAGACCUUGCUUGUGACAGUUAUAACAAGAUUGAUUACGAUGUCUAUCUGCUGCGAGGUCUCCAAGUCAACACCUAUCAGUUUUCCAUUUCCUGGGCCCGUAUUUUCCCCUCAGGCUACAGUGACAGCCUGUCAAGAAAGGGAAUUUUCUACUAUGAGAAGCUAAUCGAUGCUCUGGUUGAUUCUGGCAUUCAACCGGUUGCCACCCUCUACCACUGGGAUCUGCCUCAGGCUCUCCAGGACAACGGUGGAUGGACCAAUUCAUCCAUUGUUGAAGCCUUCAAGAAAUAUGCAGAUUUCUGUUUUGGCAGAUUUGGAAAUAAGGUCAAGACUUGGAACACAUUUAGUAGCCCAUGGGUGGUGAGCCAUGCUGGGUAUGGUACUGGUGAGCAUCCACCUGGAGUAAAGGACCAUGCGGCGUCUUCUUACCAAGCAACCCAUAAUAUACUCAAAUCCCAUGCUGAAGCCUGGCACAUCUACAACGACAACUACAGGGGGACUUACGGAGGGAAAGUAGGUAUUGCCCUGAACUCUGACUGGGCUCAGCCCAAAGACCCCUCCAAACCUGAAGAUGUUGCAGCUGCCGAUCGCUAUCUUCAGUUUAUGCUAGGCUGGUUCGCACAUCCAAUUUUUGUAGAUGGAGAUUAUCCGGCAGAACUCAAACGUCAGAUUGAGCUGAAGAAAAAAGACUGUCCUGUCCCCACGCCAGCAGAACUUCCAACUUUUACUCCUGAAGAGAGAAAGAGGAUUCUUGGAACAUCUGACUUUUUUGGUUUGAAUCAUUAUACUUCCCGUUUGGUCAGCAACAAUAAAGGUGGCUGCAAGCCCGGUCCUGAUAGAGUGGGAGACUUUCAGGCGCAUGUGGACCCCUCGUGGUCUUCGACAGCCUCUGACUGGAUCUUCUCUGCACCUCAGGGACUUCGAUUACUUCUAAACUACAUUUCAGCAGAAUACUUGAAUAAUACCAAAGUACCGAUCUAUAUAACUGGGAAUGGGAUGCCAACAGAGUAUAGUGCAGACACAUUGAAUGACACUAGCAGAGUCCAGUACCUGCACGGUUAUAUCAAUGAAGCUCUUAAAGCAAUUGUCCAUGAUGGUGUGGAUGUGCAGCGAUUCACUGUGCAGUCUUUCAUGGAUGGAUUUGAAGGACGGCAUGGCUACAGCCAAAGAUUUGGUCUUCACUACGUUAAUUUCGAAGAUGCAAGCAGACCAAGAACCCCAAAGCAAUCUGCCUAUUUCUUCUCUCAGAUAGUAGAGCAAAACGGUUUUGUUGCACACAUAAAUGAGGUCGUCAAAGGUUUAAAAACAAUGCGUGACCACAAGUCCACAAUGCUAUCACCAUCAGAGGUUCCUUCAACGUCAAAAGUCGUCUGGGAGAAGUUCUCCCUACAGUCAAAAUUCCAGAGGCAAAUGUAUCACCAUGGUGUGUUCCCUAAAGACUUUUCUUGGGGUGUGUCUUCUUCAGCUUAUCAGAUUGAAGGUGGCUGGGAUGCUGAUGGGAAGGGACCUAGUGUAUGGGACACCUUCACUCAGAAGCCUGGCAGCAUUCCAGAUAACGCUAAUGCAAAUGUAGCAUGUGACAGUUACAAUAGACUUGACGAAGACCUCUACAUGCUGAGAGGCCUGAAGGUGAAGUCAUACAGAUUCUCUUUGUCAUGGUCCAGGAUUUUUCCUGAUGGGAGACGUACUUCCCUGAACCAGAAGGGCGUUGACUAUUACAAUAAACUUAUUGAUGGACUCUUGGCAUUUAAUAUCACACCAAUGGUCACACUGCAUCACUGGGAUCUUCCUCAAGCUUUGCAAAACUUUGGUGGCUGGGAGAAAACAGAGAUGAUUGACAUUUUCAAUGAUUUCUGUGACUUCUGUUUUGCCACCUUUGGCAACAGAGUAAAAUUCUGGAUGACCUUCAACCAGCCUCAAAAAAUCGCAUGGCUAGGAUAUGGACUUGGACAGAUUCCACCAAAUAUUAAGAAUCCAGGAAUUGCACCAUACAAAGUUGCACACAAAAUAAUAAAAGCUCAUGCCAAGGCGUACCAUACAUAUGAUGACAAGUAUCGUAAAUCCCAAGGGGGACUGAUAUCUAUUGCCCUCAAUGCUGACUGGAUUGAGCCUAAAGACGUCAACGUUCCUCGCGAAGUCGUAGCUGCUGACCGGGCCCUGCAGUUUCAACUAGGCUGGUUUGCCCACCCUAUUUUCAAGAACGGCGACUAUCCAGAGGCAAUGAAAUUACAAGUUGGUGUCAAAAGUGAUCUCCAAGGACUUUCCGAGUCAAGACUCCCUUCUUUCACAGAAGAGGAAAAGAAAUUUGUCAGAGGAACUGCUGACAUGUUCUGUAUGAAUCACGUCACCACAAAGAUAGCAAGCCACGUCACAGGUCGGCUUUCUCCAGCAUCCUACCAAUAUGACUCGGACUUUUCAGAAGCAGAGGAAAGUGAUUCACCAGCGACAGCGAUCCAAAACCAAAGAGCUGUUGCAUGGGGCUUGAGGAGAAUCCUCAACUGGAUCAAGGAAGAGUAUGGAGAUCCGGAGAUUUACAUUACUGACAACGAAGUUGCUACCGGAGCCAAAACGACUUGGGAUGACAUUGACAGAGUCUUUUUUCUCAAGACCUAUAUUGAUGAAGCUCUUAAAGCCUAUGAACUUGAUGGCGUAAGGGUGAAAGGCUACAUGACAUCUCUGAUGGACUCUUUUGAAUGGUUAAAUGGGUACAAAGUCGGGUUUGGGUUGCACCAUGUGGAUUUCGCUAACCCAAACCGGCCAAGGACACCCAAGUAUUCAGCUCAUUUCUACCAUCAAGUCAUGAAGGACAACGGUUUCCCUAUAACGGAGGAUGAGAGGAUGAUUCAUGGACGAUUCCGAAGAGGUUUCAUGUGGAGUUGUGCUACAGCAUCGUACCAGAUUGAAGGGGGGUGGAGAGCAGACGGAAAAGGUCUUAGUAUUUGGGAUAAGUUUGCUCACACUCCUCUCAAAGUGUUCAACGAUGACAACGGGGAUGUAGCUUGUGACAGUUACAAUAAAAUAGACGAGGAUGUGGCCAUAAUUAAACAGCUUAAGCUGACCCAUUAUCGUUUCUCCAUUUCCUGGUCCCGAGUGCUUCCUGAUGGCACUACCAAUCACAUUAAUGAGGCCGGUCUCGGCUACUAUGACAGACUAGUGAAGGCGCUGUUGGCUGCAAACGUAAAGCCUCACAUCACCUUGUUCCACUGGGACCUCCCGCAAGCUCUACAGGACAUUGGAGGCUGGGAAAAUGACACCAUUAUAGACAAAUUCAGGGAUUAUGCUGACCUCAUCUUUAGUCGUCUUGGCAACAAUGUAAAACACUGGAUCACCAUUAAUGAGCCGUACAACAUAGCGAUGGUAGGGCAUGGUUAUGGAGUGGCUGCCCCAGGCAUCAGUUUUCGCCCAGGCACCCUUCCUUACAUCGUUGGUCACAAUCUUAUUAAAGCUCACGCUGAGGUUUGGCACCUUUACAAUGACAAAUAUCGGGCCGUCCAAAAGGGAAUUAUUUCAAUCACAAUCAACUCGGACUGGUCAGAGCCCAGGAACCCUCACAAGCAAGAGGACAUUGAUGCUGCAAGACGUGUGGUCCAGUUUUACAUUGGCUGGUUUGCCCAUCCCAUAUACAACGGUGACUACAAUGACGUGAUGAAGACGGUCAUUCGAGAGCGAAGUCUUGCUGCUGGUUUAUCAAAAUCACGGCUUCCCGAGUUCACUCCAGAGGAAAUUAAGCGAAUCAAAGGCACCUAUGACUAUUUUGGGUUUAACCAUUAUACCACCGUCCUGGCUUUUCCUGUGGACUUUGGAAAUCUUCAGCAUUAUGAUGCUGACAGGGGUGCGGGGACAGUCGUGGACCGUACCUGGCUCGAUUCAGGCUCUGCAUGGCUAAAGGUCACGCCAUUUGGAUUCCGCAGAAUCCUGAACUUCAUUAAGGAGGAAUAUGGACAUCCUCCGAUCAUCAUCACUGAGAACGGCAUCUCAGAGAGAGGACCUACGGACUUGAAUGACACCCUGAGGACGUAUUACUAUGAAAAAUACAUCAACCAAGCGCUUAAAGCUUACCUAAUAGAUGAUGUGGACAUCCGUGGCUACACCGCCUGGACACUGAUGGAUAACCUGGAGUGGGCCACUGGCUUCUCAGAGAGAUUUGGUCUUUUCUACGUCAAUCGUUCAGACUCCAAACUACCUCGUGUUGCCAAGGCCUCUGUAUCCGCCUUCUCUACCAUUAUAGGCUGUAACGGAUUCCCUGAUCCAGCAGCAGGACCUGAUGACUGCUUAAAGCCCAGGCCUGAAGGAACAAUUGCGCCGAUCACAGAAUCUCCUGUGAUGUUUCUGGGGAUGAGGCUCUCCACUGAAGGAGCUGAAACUGGACUUAAUGCUACAUUUGCUCUCCUAAUUAUCGCAGUGAUUGCAGCAAUUUGUUUAUCUGUUGGUUUUUGUUUAAUAAAAAAACGUUGAAUAGAGAUUAAAACUGACACGAUUCUAGUCGUACUCCGGUUUGAAACAGAUGGAAACCGUUGUUUGUACACUUGUUUCUGAAUAAAAAUAAUCAGAUGUUUUAAUGAGUCAAAAUUGCUUUUCUAUGAUAAAUCUACCUACAGGUAAUAAUAAAGUAAUUUUGACUAUUAACAUGCGGCUGUAACAUCUUAAUAAAGCUAUGAAAUGCAUUAAAACACUCAAACUUG